CGACCUUCGAAGCGACGUCGACUGUCAGAGGAAUCGGUGUCAAGCGAUGAGGUCCAUGUUCCCACUGCAACAUCUCCUCCAGCCAUGUCCAGGAUCAAGGCGAAGAAAAGCAUCACUACAGUACCAGAAGUGGUUCAAAACGAGGAGUCCAUUCCACAGGCAAUCUUGGAUUCCAGCGAUGCGAACGAAAAUGCCACUUUUAAGGAUCUGGGCGUGGAUACAUGGCUCGUAAAUUCUUUGCGACAUCUUUCCAUCACUCACCCGACCCGGAUUCAGAAAGCCACCAUACCACAAAUUAUAGCUGGGCGAGAUUGUAUAGGAGGGUCCCGCACAGGCUCGGGGAAAACAAUCGCAUUUGCUCUGCCGAUAUUGCAUAAAUGGGCCAAAGAACCAAGUGGCAUAUUCGGCCUCGUUCUAACCCCAACGAGAGAGCUCGCUCUGCAAAUUUUCGAGCAAUUUCAGGCGAUUGGAGGCUCGCAAGGGCUCAGAUGCGUCCUCGUGACGGGCGGAGCUGACAUGCGUGCACAGGCGAUCGAGUUGAGCAAGCGACCACAUGUCGUGAUAGCAACGCCUGGGCGCUUGGCGGAUCACGUUGAGACUUCUGGGGAAGAUACUAUACAUGGGCUGAAAAAGUGCCGGUUCGUCGUACUUGAUGAGGCAGACCGACUGCUAGCAAGUGGCAAGGGAAGCAUGCUGCCUGCUGUUGAGACUUGCCUGGAUGCUCUACCGUCUGCGGCAAAACGACAGACAUGUCUGUUCACCGCCACAGUCACACCAGAGGUCCGUGCACUCAAAGAACGGCCUCGAGAAAAUGGAAAACCUCCAGUGUUCGUAUGUGAGGUUGACAUUGAUAGCCUCGCCAUACCACCGACCCUCACACAAAAUUAUCAGCUGGUCAAUGUUCUUCACAAAGAGAAAUACCUUCAUGUCCUACUCGGUACGCCUGCCAACGUGGAGAAGACAACGAUCGUGUUCUGCAACCGAACAGAAACCGCAAACCUUCUGGAAUACUUGCUACGGUCUUUGGAGCACCGCGUCACUGCCUUGCACUCUGGACUUGAUCAUCAGGACAGAGUGAACAAUCUUGCUCGCUUCCGAGCUCGCGCUGCUCGAAUACUGGUCGCAACGGAUGUGGCUUCACGUGGUCUCGAUAUUCCCGACGUGAGUUUGGUCAUCAAUUACGAUUUGCCGCGCAAUCCGGACGACUACAUCCAUCGUGUAGGCCGUACUGCACGUGCAGGGAGGAAAGGCAUGGCAAUAUCACUCGUUGGCCAACGAGAUGUAGAUGUGGUCCAUGCCAUUGAGGCGCGUGUUGGGAGAGAAUUGGCUGAAUACAAGGAGGAAGGUGUCGGCGUGGAAGGCAGGGUCGUGCGCGAGGCGCUCAAUAUUGUAGGCGACAAGAAGAGAGAAGCCAUGCUGGCCAUUGAGGAAGGCAGAGAUGUGAAGGGCAAGCGGCGGACCGGGCUGUUAAAGAAGCGAAAGCCCUGAUACGGUUUAUUCAAUGCACUUGACGUUUC